UAUAUAUUUGUGCUUGAGGAUUUUCGUAUAUAGCUGCCAGGCAAAAUUCAUUUGCAAGAUGGGUCGCCUGCUGCUCAGUUUUGCUUUGCUCUUCUGUGCCUUAUCCCCAGUAAACUGCGACUUUGUGAUUGAAGGAAUAAGAAACAUUCAGAAAAGAAGCAUCGGAAAGCCAGUAGAUGAUAUAGAAGUCUACAGUAUAAUUAUCAACAGUCAGGUGACAUCUCGCUUUGCCCAUAAUGUCAUCACAAGCAGAGCUGUUAAUCGAGCCAACGUGUCCAAAGAAGCCUUCUUUAAUGUGGAUCUGCCAAAAACAGCUUUUAUUACAAAUUUCAGUAUGACAAUAGAUGGAGUAACGUAUCCAGGAGUAAUUAAGGAAAAGGAAGCUGCUAAGAAACAGUAUGAAAAAGCUGUAUCAAGGGGUCAAACAGCCGGACUAGUCAGGGCCUCUGGAAGGAAGACGGAGAAGUUCACUGUGUCUGUUAAUGUGGCUCCAGAAAGUAAAGUCAAAUUUGAGUUGGUCUAUGAAGAAAUGCUGAAACGUCACCUUGGAAAGUAUGAGAUGUUCAUCAAAGUUCAACCAAAAACUCUUAUAAGAAAAUACCAGAUUGAAGUAGACAUACAUGAACUUCAAGGCAUCAGCUUUCUAGAUGCCCAAGCGUCUUUUGUAACAAAUGACCUACUACCUACUAUACAAAAGUCUUUCUCUGGAGAAAAGGGCCAUGUCUCUUUUAAACCCACGAUAGAUCAGCAGCGAUCAUGUGCGAACUGUGAUACCACGUUACUAGAUGGAGAUUUUACUGUGACCUAUGAUGUUAAUAGAGAAUCUCCUGGAAGCAUACAGGUUGUCAAUGGAUAUUUUGUUCACUUUUUUGCUCCCCCUAAAUUAUCUGGUGUACCAAAAAAUGUAGUUUACGUCAUAGACAGAAGUGGAUCAAUGUGGGGAAGAAAAAUAGAGCAGACGAGAGAAGCCCUUCUCCGAAUUCUGAAUGACACGUCGGAACAUGAUCACUUUAAUUUCAUACUGUUUGACGACAGAAUUUACCCGUGGAAGGAUACUUUAGUCAAAGCAACGCCUGAAAAUCUAGAAGAAGCUAGAAAAUUUGUCCAGACGAUUAAUCCUGGUGGUAUGACAAACAUUAAUGACCCUGUCCUGAAAGCUGUUGAGUUAUUAAAUGCAGCAGACGAGGAUAAAACUGUUCCUGAGAGAAGUGUUUCCUUAAUUGUCCUACUCACAGAUGGUGAAGCCAACACAGGUGAAACAAACCCUUCAAAAAUCCAAGAGAAUGCAAAGAAAGCCAUUCAGGGUAAAUACACCUUGUACAGUCUUGGUUUUGGCAAUAAUGUUGAUUAUCCUUUUCUGGAGAAGUUAGCACUGGAAAAUUCAGGAAUCGGCCGUCGCAUAUAUGAAGACUCGGAUGCAGACUUGCAGUUGCAGGGAUUUUAUAAUGAAAUUGCAAAUCCAACAUUGAUUGACAUAGAAAUGCAAUAUCCUGAGAACGCUAUCGCUGACCUCACUCAGAACAACUUUAAACAUUACUUUGAAGGGAGUGAAAUUGUAGUCGCCGGACGUGUAACAGAUAAUGACUUGAAUUCAUUUACUGUGGAUGUAAAGGCAGAAGGGGCAGAUAAAUCUGUGAAAUACACUGAAAAUAUUCACCUUCAAAGUGAGGAUGAUGUGAGCAAACAGAAAUACAUCUUUGGUGACUUUACAGAGAGACUCUGGGCAUAUCUAACCAUACAGCAGCUGUUGGAGAAACGGCUGUAUGCAGACCCAUCAGAAAAAGCAAACCUAACAGCACAAGUGCUUGAUCUGUCCCUGAAGUUUAAGUUUGUGACUCCGUUAACAUCAAUGGUAGUUACAAAACCAGAAGAAAAAGACAAGGAAGAAGAAACAUUAAUUGCUGAUAAAUUUGUGGAAGGACAAGACAAAUCCACAAAUAAUCCAUUUGGUGCAGGAGCACCAAUGCAAACCUAUCCUUUAUAUCAAACACAAAGUUCAAAUCACAUUGUCUCAAGUCCAUACUAUCCUCAAAUGUUUGUGGAUUCUGACCCUCACUUUGUGAUAAAUGUUCCUCAAAAAAAUGAUGCGCUGUGCUUCAAUAUUCAGGAGAAGCCAGGUGUGAUCCUGAAUCUUGUCGAGGAUAGACAACUAGGUAUUGCAGUCAAUGGGGAACUAAUUGGAAACAAGAAAGUCAAUAACAUCACAUCAAAUGAAACCUAUUUUGGAAGAUUUGGAAUCAUAAACAGAGGGAUGAAGAUAAGAAUUGAGGUUACCACUGACAAAAUCACAGUCCUGAGCCAUAAAAACAAGAAAACCUUCUCAUGGCAUACAACAGGCUCUGUAAGCAAAGAUGGGUUUAUUUUGGUGGUCAACAAAGGAAGUAAUGUGACCUUUUCAUUCGGAGAAGGAGCAACAUUUGUUAUAAUUCUGCAUGAAGUUUGGAAAGGUCACCCUCUCCACAGGGAUUUCUUAGGUUUUUAUACCUUGGAUCAUCAUACAUUUUCUGAAGGAGUCCAUGGACUGCUAGGACAAUUUUUUCAUGGAAUCAGUUAUGAGAUUUCCAGUGUUCACAAAACGGAUAAUCCGGACAAACCAGAUGCAACAAUGAAAUUGAAGAACAAGCUGCUGACAGUGACCAGGGGUGUACAAAGAGACUACCGAAAAGACCACAAAAAUGGCAUGGGAAUUCCCUGUUGGUUUGUGCAUUUCAAUGGAGAAGGCCUAAUUGAUGGAACCCAUACCGAUUACAUUGUACCUGAUAUUUUCAGUAUUGCUUAUUAGAAGUAAUUAAUAAAGAUUUAAUAUGGUUACAUAUCGAUUUUUUCAUUCUAAUAAUUAAUUAAUUACAUAAUGAGCUGCUGUCAGGAUGCCAUGCUGUCAUUGUUCCAACUUCCAAGACG